GGCUUGAGCAUGUGAUAUACAAGUGACUCUCUAAUUCAAAUCUUGUGGUCGCCUAUUUAAAUGAAAUUGCACGAAAUUAAAUUAAAGUAAGAAAUAGUUGAAAACAAUAUUUUAACUUUAUCCGACGAUUUACUUUUCGCUCAGCAUUUUUAGAUCAAGUGAUUUAGCACAACCGCUUGGAGAAAUCUGGGCCAGGGGGUAGCCAAGAAGAAGAAGAAGUUAGUUUUGUUGAAGAAGCCAUGACGAUCAAGACUACUAUAGGAAUAGUGGAUAAGAAACUCGUCGUGAAGGGCCGGACGAUAUUGACAAAUGUACCGGACAAUGUGGUAGCGACGUCUGGUGCAGCAGCUGGGCCGAUCGAGGGGCUUUUCUUGGGUGCAGUAUUUGAUCAAAAAAACAGUAGGCAUGUGGUGUCACUUGGGACAUUACGCAAAGUUCGAUUCAUAGCAUGUUUUAGGUACCUUUUAUGGUGGAUGGCUCAGAAAAUGGGGGAUAAGGGAAGUGAUAUUCCAGUGGAAACACAGUUCUUGCUGCUGGAAACUAAGGAUGAAAUAGAUAAUAAUGAAAUUGUUUAUACUGUCAUCCUUCCUUUCAUUGAAGGGCCAUUUAAAGCUAGUCUUCAGGGGAAUGACAAGGACGAGGUGGAGUUAUGUUUAGAGAGUGGGGAUAGUGAGACUGGUGGAUCUGCAUUCGAUCAUUCGGUGUAUGUCUGUGCCGGUACUGACCCAUUCGAGACCAUACACGAGGCUAUGAGGGCUGUGAGGUUGCAUCUUGGGACAUUCAGGCUAAGGGAUGAGAAAAAAUUGCCUGGGAUUCUGGAUUAUUUUGGGUGGUGCACUUGGGAUGCCUUUUACCGGGAGGUGUCUCAGGAAGGGGUUGAGGCCGGCCUACAAAGUCUCUGUGCCAGUCAAACCCCUCCUAAGUUCGUCAUCAUUGAUGAUGGUUGGCAAACAGUUGGAUUUGACGACGACAAAAAAGAGCUUGAAAACGCUUAUUAUGUGCCCUUGUUGAGGCUGACAGGAAUCAAGGAAAACUCAAAAUUUCAGAACAAAGAUGAUCCGAACGUGGGAAUUAAGCAUAUAGUCAACAUUGCAAAAGAAAAGUACGGGUUGAAGUACGUGUUCAUUUGGCACACAAUCACGGGCUAUUGGGCUGGGGUUCGACCAGGGGUGAAGGAGAUGGAGGAAUAUGGAUCUUUCCUUCAGUAUCCAAAGUUGUCCGAGGGAGUAGUAGAGAAUGAACCAGGGUGGAAAAAUGAUGCAAUUACAUUGGAGGGUUAUGGUCUAGUUAAUCCCAAGAAUGUGUUCAAGUUUUACAAUGAUUUGCACAGCUAUUUGGCCUCUGCUGGAAUAGAUGGGGUCAAAGUGGAUGAACAAUGCAUAUUGGAGACCCUUGGGGCCGGUUUGGGGGGUCGGGUCGAGUUAACCAGGCAAUAUCAUCAAGCGCUCGAUGCUUCUGUUUCUAAAAAUUUCCCUGAUAACGGAUGCAUCGCCUGUAUGUGCCACAAUAUUGAUUCACUUUACUGCUCAAAACAAACUGCUAUAGUGAGAGCAUCAGAUGAUUUCUUCCCUAGCAGACCUGUAUCGCAUACAAUCCACAUUGCUACUGUUUCAUACAACAGUCUCUUCUUAGGAGAAUUCAUGGUGCCAGAUUGGGAUAUGUUUCAUUCUCUUCAUCCGGCAGCCGAGUACCAUGGAUCAGCAAGGGCCAUCAGUGGUGGACCUGUCUACGUUAGUGAUGCACCUGGCAAGCACAAUUUUGAUCUUCUAAAGAAGCUUGUUCUUCCUGAUGGAUCGAUUCUUCGAGCACAACUCCCUGGUCGGCCUACCAAGGAUUGUCUAUUUUCUGACCCUGCUCGUGAUGGUGUUAGCUUAUUGAAGAUAUGGAACAUGAACAAGUAUACUGGAGUACUUGGAGUGUACAACUGCCAAGGUGCAGCAUGGGAUAGUGUUGAGAAGAAGAACACAUUCCAUCAAACUAAAUCCGAAGCAAUAACCGGCUUUUUCUGGGGCCAUGAUGUCCAUCUUAUUUCUGAAGUUGCGUUGGACUCCAACUGGAAUGGACACUGUGCUGUGUAUUCUAACCGGAGUGGUGAUCUCGUCACUUCGCCAUGCAAUGUUGCCAUGUCGGUGUCACUCAAGGUCCUCGAGCAUGAAAUUUACACGAUUACUCCAAUUAAAGUAUUGGCAUCCGGGUUCAGUUUUGCACCUUUGGGUCUCAUUGACAUGUUCAACUCUGGUGGAGCAAUAGAAGGACUUGAGUAUGAAGUUAAGACUGGUUCGCAGUCAUCUGAAGAGAUACUCGAGAAUCUGAGCAUAGGAUGGGUUGCAUUAGUGUCGAUGAAGGUAAAGGGCUGUGGACGUUUUGGUGCCUACUCAUCGGCUAACCCUAGAAAGUGCAGGGUCGGAAUAUUUGAGGUCGACUUUGCAUAUGAAUUAGGCUCUGGUUUGGUAACACUUAACCUCGACGAUAUGCCUCCCGAGGAUCAGAAAGUUCACAAUGUUGAGAUCGAGUUAUGAUCAUUACUUCUAGGCCAAAAUAUGGAGCAUAUGAUGAGGAGUUAUGGAGAACGCCAUUCUUUCAUGACUGCUUAUUUGCGAGCUGCUAUGUAUUUUCUACAAAGAGACGAUGUGUUUGAUCGAUACAAAGAUCACUAUUUCCCCCUUUUCAUAUUAUGUUGGGACUCAUGUUAUCUUUUAAUAAACGCUUACCUUAGUGGACUCUGAUUUUUCUCCUGUCCUUUGGCAAAAUAAAAUUGUCAUCUUGUGCAUUA